AUUUCCGGAAAAAUCCAAGUAUUGCUUUCGUUUCGCGUACUGUUAUGUGUAAACCUUGUUUGCAUUCAAAAAUUUUGCAAAUCUGGAUGUGUUUAGUGAAGUAAUGAUUACCGCCUCAGAACCUUUGGAAUUUAUUCCACGGGGUCGUCAGGCGGUGGACGAGCACCCAGGCCCCCUGGUAUUGAAAAAACCGGUAACCGUACCGGCCGAUUUCAUCCUGCUGCAGCGCAUGCAGGAUGUCAACAUUUCGCUGGAUGACAGCCCGUCGGAGUUCUACGUACUGCGGGAGGUUUACGACCAGCAGCAACGGCCAGCUGCCACCGACGGUUGUCCGGGCUUUCUGCGGGAAGCGACCGUCAACACGGAGGAAGAACUGUAUGUUAAAGGUACGACGGCCGUUUGGACCAGAGCCGUCGGUGCCGAAGAAGCGGCUCCGCACGUUUGCCUGACCUGUGAGAACGCAAUCAAGUUUGCCUUCUUUGGCUCGGCGGCGUUUUUCACGGCGGAUGAGCUGGAGAAUAAGCAAAGCAAGAAGAAAAUGUCUGUCCCAUCGGCAGGUGUGUGUCUUUUGGAUGGAAGUAUGCUGAGGGUUUACUGUAAUAAUGGCGAGAAUUUCAUUACCAGCAUCGAGUGCCCAAUUUCACAUGUUUAUGUUAGCAGGCGUUGUGUUUUACUUGAAAAAGAAUCAUCUAGUUCACUGCUGGAGACACACACCAUACCGAUGCCGCGAUUAUUUUCGUUGGCCCAUCCGUUGGAUGAAAUGUGUCCGGUACUGAUCAAAAUGAACAACGCUACCGUCUAUCUUACGGAAGCCGAGUACAGUUUGGUGUUCUCCUCCGAGGAGAAUGAUUUAAUUUUGAUGUUUGAUGAGAAAACUGGCAAACAUUUUGUUUGCUUUCUUCGCAAGGCCACGGACGACGAAAAGAAUCUAGUUGGAAGCGGAAACGAAAGCCUGUAUUGCUCGAGCGGGGCUUUCAAUGCCAGUGGUAGUACCUAUUCGCACGGCAUUACCCCACCAAUGGCGACCACACCGCAAGCAUUGUAUAAAACUUCGCUUUUAGCACGCCACAGCGCUUCGACCGCCGGUCGGAAUAGUUUUGGUACCACUUUCAAUAGUCCGUACAUCAGCAAUCUGCAGACAAUUGGGCAAACCAGCUCCUUCGGGUUGGCUGCCUUAGGUCAAACGGCAGGGUCGGGUCAUCGAAGCCAGCCAGCGCACUCGCACACGCACUCGCAGUUUGGAGGACCGGCAACAACACCACUAUCUCGGUUGCAAUCCACUUUGGGUGUUUCAGUGUCACUGCAAGAUGUACGGAAAAUUGGCCAGGCUGAACCCUCCAAGCCCAUAGUACCGGAGAUGUGUCUGGAGCAUCUGUGGACCGAUAAUACUGUUGUUCGGAAGGAAUUUAACGAAAAGGCCGCAUCCGGUUUUCUGCAUGUGGAUUUCGUAGAUGAUUGUUACCUGUGUUAUUUGCUGCCACGUUCGGAGAAACUUACGAUGGUGCGAAUCACGGGAAACGUUUCGGAAGCGAGAACGAUCUCGCUGAGCACGUCGCCGGUGCAUAUUGCCGCUAAAGAUGCUGUCUCGUUGAAGAGACUGAACAUGAUCGCUGUUUUAGCACCCUGCGGAACGCUUAUGCUAUACACGGGGCCCAUUCAGGUGGGCAAAGUGCAUGUAGCAGGCAUUCUCAGCAGUUUUGUAACAUCCAGCGCACUGAGCACCUCUUUCGGCAGUGGUUCCCAAACGCUCCCGCGUCGUAGCAGCCUACUACCGUCCGUGCUCGUAGCCCAAGCGGAGUCACGCUUCGAUGAAGAACUUCAUAUGCUUUCUCCGGUGCAACCCUUGCCAACGUCAUCAAGCAACAUAACCUCAUCACGGCUGAGUAACUGUCAGAGUAUCCGUGAUGGGACAGGAAACCGGCUGACGUUGGUAUUUUCCAGUGAAAAGAUGUUCCGCAUCUCACUGCCAACGAUGAGCGAGUCACAGCUGAUGUCCCGAUGUCUGUCAUCUUUGCGAGAGGCACUUCCGAAAGAAUGUGCCCUGGAAUUACUUCUUCGCUGGUAUGGAACACGCAACGCACCUGGUUCGAGAAAUUUCAGCGUAGAUCGUGAAUGGGACCUAUUCCGUGGGAUGCUUUUCCAGCAUAUGGGCAGACCGUUUCCACCGACCGACAAUAGUCAGACGAACAAAUCCGCUGGCUCCGGUAAGUCAUCUUUUGAUGAACCGAAAAAACGACGGAAAAGCGAAAAUUGUCUUGGUACUGAUCGGGACUGGGAGUUCCUGUUAAAGAACACCACACAGCAAAAGCCGGCCGGUUCUGAACUGGAUGCCCAACCUGCCGAGCCGGUCGCUUAUGAUGCGGAGAAAUUUCUCUUUGCCUAUAUUCCAAAAAUCCUAUCAACCCUCCAUUUGGUGUACGAAGACUUGAAGCUGGACCCGUUGCUUCGAAGCGAGUUGAAGCUGUUAGGAGAAUGUUUGUACGAAUUGACUCAUGAUUUGAAAGUUGAGAAACUCCAAUUGCAUUAUUAUCUGGACUUUCAACAUUUGAUACAUCGCACCUCCCAUUGUUAUGUGAAGGAACAGGAUACAGCGAAAUUCGUCACUACCGUUGAGAGCGAAUUCGAAGUAAUUCCAAACAUUUUUCAAUACAUUCAUGCGCUGAUUGGCGAUAUGCGAAAUGUAACUUUAUCCCCAUAUCCGUGUUUCGACCGGGUGAACGAUCGCAGUAGAGACAUAAUUCUCAUUGUCGCCUAUCUGUACAGGGUCAAAGGACUAACCCGGUGGAUCACCCAACAGUUGGAAAAGAUUUUGAACGGCGUCAAGCUGCUAUCGUUGGCUGCUAAUGACGUGGAAGAAAUCGUAGCCAACGCCGUGAUUCAGCUGCUGAUCAGACGUGGCUACAACCGAACCAUCAUCGAACGACUGCCGAUCAGUAUUUACUAUUUGCUGGCUCAAUUUCUGGAGAGCAACCGAAACAAACCGUUGAAUAUCUAUGAAGCCGAAGUGUACGAGUUACUGCUCCGACCGGAACUGCUAGCCCAUGUCACGUUCGACGCUCAAAACCAAUCCGUCAGAUCCAAGCGGAACGCAACUGGCUUAAAAGAGCAUUCCCUAUCGCUCCGCCGGAAACCCCAACCGGAGGUAAUUCCGAAAAACGAAGCCAAACAGGAGGAAAGUGGCAUGGAAAACAUGGACACCAAACUCCUAAGGUUGCGCUUUCCGGACGACUUGCGAAUCAACGAUGUGAAAACAUUCCUCAACAGUUCGCAGCCGGUUACGAUUGACAUCGUUCAAGCGCCGAACGUUUCCGACCAUGAAUUCAUCGAAGAGCAAGAGAAACAACUGUACGCACUGUGCAUCCGAACGAUGGCGCUGCCGAUCGGUCGCGGAAUGUUUACGCUACGCACAAGCCGUCCAACCGCGACGCAAAUUCUGCCGAUUCCAAAACUGUGCCUCACCGGAAAAGAAAUACACCGCGGAGCUACGAUCGAAAUCCAACAGCUGGAGGUACCACCGAACAUGAACCUGUGGCCUGCGUUCCAUAAUGGCGUAGCAGCAGGACUACGUAUUUGCUCCGACACUCCAGACAUCGAUUCGACGUGGAUCACCUACAACAAGCCGAAAGGUGCGGCAGAAAUCCCCACCGAACAUGCCGGCUUCCUGAUGGCACUGGGACUGAAUGGCCACCUCAAAACGCUCUCCUUCAUGAGCAUUUACGAGUAUCUUGCAAAAUGUGACGAGAUGACGAGUCUGGGUUUACUGCUCGGCUUCUCUGCGACGCAUCGUGGAACCAUGGACACUAAAACCACCAAACUGUUGAGUGUUCACAUUGAGGCUCUGCUCCCUCCUACUGCUGUUGAGCUGGACAUUUCUCAAAACAUCCAAGUCGCUUCGCUGAUGGGAAUAGGCCUCGUCUAUCAAGGAACAGCCAAACGUCACAUAGCAGAGGUACUGCUGCAGGAAAUCGGUCGUCCACCGGGUCCGGAAAUGGAAAACUAUGUCGAACGUGAAUCCUACGCACUAACCGCAGGUUUGGCACUUGGUCUGGUAACCCUCCAGCAGGGUGAAAAAUCCACCGCUUUGCGUGAUCUAGACAUUCCCGAUACCCUGCACUACUACAUGGUAGGCGGCAACAAACGCCCCCUGGUUGGAGCCCAAAAGGAAAAGUACAAACUUCCGUCGUUUCAAAUCAAAGAAGGGGACACGGUUAACAUCGACGUAACGGCUCCCGGUGCCACGCUGGCUCUCGGCUUAAUGUACUUCCGAACGGGCAACGAAGCCAUCGCCAACUGGAUGAAGCCGCCGGACACGACCUACCUGUUGGACUUUAUUCGACCCGAUUUGCUGCUGCUUCGAAUUGUGGCAAGGAAUCUCAUCUUGUGGGACGAUAUAAGCCCCACCACCGAAUGGGUCUACAGCCAGAUCCCGCAAACUCUUUCAGAGUUAAUCAAAAACCGCCUUCAAACGGAUGAAUCACAACAGCCAACCGACCACGAAGCACAGUGUCAAGCUUAUUGCAACAUCGUUUGCGGUGCGGCAACCUGUAUCGGGCUGAAAUACGCCGGUUCGGCUGACGAGCAAGCUUUUAGCAUCCUGAAUUAUUUGUUGAAAUAUUUCCUCGACAUUCAUACUCGUCCGUUCGGGGAUUACGCCGGAAAACAAACGAUAGAAAAUUGCACAAUCAUGAUCCUACUUUCCCUAUCCAUGGUGAUGGCCGGCACAGGGGAUGUACGCGUACUGCGUACCGUCCGGAUGCUGCGCUCCCGUUUCGGUCAGUGUCACGUUACUUACGGCUCCCAUAUGGCCGUCCAUAUGUCGUUGGGUUUCCUGUUUCUCGGUGCUGGCCGGUUUACACUGUCCCGAUCACCGGAGGCGAUCGCUGCGUUGGUAUGUUCGAUUUUCCCGAAAUUUCCCACCCACAGCAACGACAACCGGUACCAUCUGCAAGCGUUCCGCCAUCUGUACGUGCUGGCGAUCGAACCGCGACUCUUUCUGCCCCGGGACAUCGACAGCGGCAAGCUGUGCCUGUGCGAGAUUCACUAUCUGGAGCGCGGGAAGCUGGAACCCGUGAAGCUGAUGGCUCCCUGCAUGCUACCGGAGCUGCAUACGCUCAGUAAGGUGUAUGUGAACGAUCCCAACUAUUGGCACGUCUAUUUCGACAAGGACAACUGGAACACUUUGGAGAACAUUCUCCGAGCCAGUGGCUGCAUUGACAUAAAGCAGCGUGCCGGUUGCUUAUCAUACCUGGAGGAUCCUAACCGUCUCAAAUCGAUGCUUAGCCACACCUUAACAACCGAUAAGUACAAUUCCUGGAAAAUUGACGUUAAAAGUUUGCUGGCAUUCUCAACCGAUCAACGAAUAUCGAACAUCGCGAACAAAUUUCUGCUGUUAACCAAACGAAACGACAUCGACGAGAUCGAGUCGAUUUCUUCCACUGAGCAAAACAUCAUCCAAACGUUGAUUUUGCAAACUUACUACUGCCUUACGCAUGAUAAAAUGCACGGACUGUCAAUCUUCAUGAAUCUAAUGAGUAAUAUAAUCAACUUCGACUCCACUUGUACAGCAACGGAGCUGUGGCAGUUUCGCAUUCUAGCUGCGAUCAUCGCACGAAAAAAAGCCAUCCCGGAAACCGAUCUGCUGGUGUCUCCGGACUUGCUACAAUCGUUGAUCGAUCGCAUUCGACUACUGAUGGAACAGUUGCUGGCCACAAUUAACCAUCUAAUUCGUUCGCACGUGGUGGGUGCACCGCAGGAUCGACCCAUCAGCGAUCUGUUGACCCAGGUGGGCCAGGAAGAUCAGUUGCGCCUAGCGCAGCUUAUCACUUUUUAUGAUUUGCCCAUCAAAAUAUUGGGCAAUGAAUCACAGGAAAAGCUGAACGAAAUGGACUAUCUAGAGUUUUUGUGUCGCUUCAAACACAAACAUCCAGAGCUCUCUACGCAAACCAUAUGCUGUAUAGCGGAUAUUCUUGGGUUGUCUAAAAGUGUCGGGUUUGUUUGAACAU